GCUCAGCGCCGCGGCGUGAGGCAGCGCCGCGCCCCCGCUGCCGGAGGAGCCGCUCCGCCGCCGGCCCCGCGCUCCCGCCCCCGGCGGCCCCGGCGGCAUGAUCUCCUGAGGGGCCGAGCCCGCCCGAGCCCGCCCCGCUGCCCAGCAUCUUUUGCAGCUGAGGCUCUGAAAUACUGGAGAACACGGCAUCUUCCUCAGGGACACAGACAAAGGGGAGCUGGAGCCUCUGGGGAGCUCGGAAAGGAAUUGCGGUCAGUGGUCGCCUGAGGAACUUACCUUCACACCAAUGUUGCUCUGAAACGAGUUACGUCCAACAUUCAGGUUUGGUAAGAUGCCUCAGGAACAGUACGGGCACCGGAGCGCCAUGCAGACCUCGGAAGGACCCCAGGUAUACAAAGUGGGGAUUUAUGGCUGGAGGAAGAGAUGCCUCUAUUUCUUUGUGCUGCUCCUAAUGAUUUUAAUCCUGGUGAACCUUGCUAUGACCAUCUGGAUUCUGAAGGUUAUGAACUUCACAAUCGAUGGAAUGGGAAACCUGAGAAUCACAGAAAAGGGUCUAAAGCUUGAAGGAGAUUCAGAAUUCUUGAAACCUCUCUACGCCAAAGAAAUCCGGUCAAGACCAGGCAACCCACUGUACUUCCAGUCUGCCAGAAAUGUGACAGUGAACAUCCUCAAUGAGAAGACUAAAGUCCUCACUCGCCUUGUAACAGGUCCCCAAGCAGUGGAAGCACACAGCCAAAAAUUUGAGGUGAAAACCCUCUCUGGAAAAUUGCUGUUUUCAGCAGAUGACAACGAAGUGGUGGUUGGAGCAGAGAGAUUGAGAGUUUUAGGAGCAGAAGGCACAGUGUUCCCUAAAUCUAUAGAAACUCCCAAUGUCAGGGCAGACCCCUUCAAGGAACUAAGGCUGGAGUCACCUACACGUGCACUGGUGAUGGAGGCUCCAAAAGGCAUCGAGAUCAACGCCGAGGCCGGCAGCUUGAAAGCCACGUGCAGGACAGAGCUCAGGCUGGAAUCCAAAGAUGGAGAGAUAAUGUUGAAUUCUGCAAAAAUCAAACUACCUAACUUGCCUCAAGGAUCUUCCUCUUCUGCAGGGUCCAGGCAAAAAAUCUACGAGCUCUGUGUGUGUCCCAAUGGGAGGUUGUUUCUGUCUCAGGCAGGCACCAGCUCCACCUGCCAGAUAAAUACAAGCGUCUGCCUUUGAGAGACAAUUUGCAGUGGGGCAUCAGGCAGCACAAGCCAGUUCUGGUCUCUCAGAUUGCAGCUGCCAACUAUUUUUACUAGAACACAGAAAGCCUAUCAAAGACUUUUUUUGUGUGCGCGCGCGUGUGUGUGAAUAUAUAUAUAAAAAUAUAUAUAUAAUAUAUAUAUAUCCUCUGUGUAAAAUGAUGUUUCAGUACAAGGAAUCCCAGGGUGACCCUGUUACAUUUGUGUAGCAUUUCUCUUUCCCACACCAAAAUUUACUGGUACAAUCUGCUGAAUUGGAUUUGAUGCUCCCCUGGCCCCUUCCACAUUAAUACAGUCUAAUGAUCACUGCUUGGUUUUGAUCAUGAUCUCAGAGCAAUGGGCUUGUUGGCUGGUCGAGACCCUGGAACUGAUGUAGACCCACCAACACACAAAGAGGAGAGAAGCACCUCUGAUUAUUUUUGCACCAUUAAAUCAGUGACUUGAAAAAAUAAACAAAACACAACAAAAUAGCCAGAUGUUCUGUACUCAUCACCUGAGUGAUCCAGGAUACCCAAGGUUACAAGGUUUCUCUUUAAUUUUCAUCUGAACCUUUUCACCUGAAGCAUGGCUACCUGUUGGAAGCCAUGGGUUGCUCUUGGACAGUAGAAAAGUCCAGAUCUUCUUGCUGGAAUAAUCACUUCUUUGUCUGCAGGGCUUUGAGACUUGCCUGUGCUUGGCCAAGGAUGCCUUGUGCUAUUGAGAUGUGACACAUCAGCUCUAACCUUAACCUAAAUUCAUCUCUGUGCUAACAAAAACUGGUGUUGCAUUUAGCUCUGGAAAGGAAGCAAAUUGUGAAAGCUGGACUAAGGAAGAAAAUCCUAAACCUCCUUAGUUAACAAGCAUCCUGGAUCACUCUACACACUCACCUUUAACACCUUUAAUUUUUAAAAGAUUUUGUAUCAAAGUGUGAAGAUUGAAGAUUUGGCCUAUACUACCCAUAGGUAGGUAGUCACUACCUGUAGACACAGAAAAUUACCUAUUCUACCCACAGAAACAGAGACAUGCAUACAAAUUAGGUGUGUAAUGUAGAUGCUAUGCCAGAAUUUUUGUCAUCUUUCUUUUCAGGAUAUACAGUCUCAGGUCACUCAGAUUUGGUGGAAGCUGCAAACAUCAGAGAUGCUGACAAUGAAACAGACUUUUUUUAAAGGAUUUAUAAAGAUUGUGACAAAGUCAGAUUACUGGAAAGAAAGGGCUUUGGUUGCUAAUUUCUCUAGAAUUUAAACUACAAAAACUCAGUGGUUGAAUCUCUUCAUGGGUACAUUUUCCUUUAUUUAAGUCCAGGAGUCACGGGCAGGAUAAAAUGUAAAAUCUGAUCUGGUAACAUUGCUUCCACAGUUCAGGUUUUGAAAAAUAAUAAGAGGAGCCUAGAUAAUUGAAUUCUGACCCAUAAUAGCAUCCACAUGCAUGUAAAAAUCCUUGAUUUUUAGAUACUUUUGCAGUAAUCAGUCCUGAUUACUGCAGAAAUGUCCAAGUCACAGUAAAUCUCAUGAGGACAGCAAGGUUUCUAAGCCACUGAGAUGCUUUUGCAAAUAUUAACCUCAUGUGCAAAUAUGAUAGAUCUGUGCCCAGCCCUAGUGAUAUCUAAGCAAAGCUGGUAUUCUUCAAGCAAUCUUCAAGAGAAAAUGUAGCUGACAGAAAUACUCAGAAAUAAUUUAGCUCAUUCCUUUUCUACAGAUUUCUAUGUAUUUUCUUGUGGUCUGGAGUGUACCAGGGCUUUUUUUUUUCAAUAGACAAUUCUGGCUUAAUCCAAAAUUGACUGGAUUCAAAGAAAGAUAUCUAUGCAGUUUAGAUUAGAUGUCUUGCUGCCUAAUAAGGCAGGACUCCCAUGAAAUUUAUUCCUGAAAGAGGAUUGAAUGAUCUACAUUUAUUCCAGUAAUAUUUUCUGAUUAAUUAAUGAAUUCAAACUAUCUAUUAAUGAAUGAUUCCUGUAAUUAUUAUGUCUUGAGUCAAUAUUUGAAUGCAAAGGGUCACCCAGGGUAACAAUUGUAUUGGGACACAGGACUAUACCAUCUCUGUUCAAAGAGGGGAAUUGUGCCUAUGCCUUAAGUCAAUGCACUCAGCAAGGAGAAGCACAUCAUAUUUAUCUUGUUAUUAAAACCCGUUUAUUUGGGGGGAGGGACAGGAGGGUGUCUUGGGAACUGGUUGUGCAACUUAAAACAGGUCUUAAUGAAAUGUAUUAAGACUGUAGGGACACCUAGAGUGAUACAGACUUUUAUUUUAACCAUGUUAAAUAUAGCAAAAUACUGUGUACGUUACCUCUGGGACCACAAAUGAAGUCCCAUUCAUAGUCCUACAUUUAUUGUAGAGUUUUCUUCCCUGUUUCAUUGAAUACCAUUGAAUACAAACCUUACAGCAAGCAGGGCCCAAUUCAUAAACAAAUCCCCUGGGAGCAGUUGUGAAGACACAUGCUACAGGAAGACUACCCUGUGCAGAAAAUGAGUCACAUGAACUUACCUGUCAUCCAGAGUGUUAAUGCUGGUGAGAAAGGCAGGGCUGGAUGCAGGGGCUGACCGAACAAGGAUGUGCUGAGUCCUCUUUGCCAAGCUCCACUCCCGAGAGGCCGAUGGCUCAGUCCUCAUCCCAAGCAGAUGCUUCUCCAAGGUGACAAGGGUACAUCAAUUGUGUCUACAUAAAGGAAUUCUAGUUGCUUCAAUGUAUUUUGCAAUCAUGUUUCCAUCUUAAAAAGCAUAAAGUUAUUUGCUGCAUUGAAAGACAAGGUAUUGUUGCUAGAAGGACUGAACCUGUGUAGAGACUUGUAAAUCAUUUGAGUCACAGCUGAGUUUGAAGACAGCAGUUUAGAUGAUGAUGAUGCUGCCUGCACUUGUGUUGGCCACAGGAUGAGUCCCCCACUGUGCAGUGAAUGGCAAACCAGAACAGCCAGGACUGUAUAUCUGAGAUGGUGGAGGAGAAAACAGACAUUUUGCUGAAAAAGAAGCAUGCAAACCCAUCCAGGUAUCUCAUGUUUAUGAGUUUAUUGUGGGGCUGCUGUGGAGUGACGGACUCACCUGCUGGACAACGCAAAUGCAUGGGAGUCCCUUUUCCUUCUGCCUUGCCCAGAAGUCCCUCACAGUUGCUGUACCUGUAGGGGUUGGUUUUCCCUCAGUCUAUUUAAAUUAGAGCAUCCCUGGCUGGAGUUUCAUCCCUAUGCUCUACCUGCCAUUGAUAAAAUGCCAAAAACCAAGCAAGGCUUUGUGUGUUGCUUUGUGAAUCGGGCCUGCAGUUCAGUUCAAUUAAUUUGUGCAUUUAUUUCCACUGAGCUCAGUGGAAGAGAUACUGAUGACUUUGUGGACUGAGCUGAGCCAGGAGCUGGACAGGUGACAAUUCAGGCCACUGAGGGCCU